GCCCCAAGUUGGCUAAGAUUGAAAAAGAAUUUAGGCAACUCUUCUAUAGUUGCUUAGCAAUUAAACAUCCAAGGUAGAAUUUGAACUCAGGUCUUCCUGAAUGCAAAACUAACAUCUGGUGCCUCAGUGCCUCUGACCCAGCUUGAAUAUUGCAUGUAUUCUUUUGCUAUGUCCAAUAGCAUCUCCUUCUGGGAGACCAACACAAGAGCUCCAUCAAGCACUUUGCUUUAUUUUUCCCCCCCCAAAAAAAAUCCCAUUUGAAUAAGGUCCCAGGAGAGAGUCUAUACCCGUCUUGUUUGCUCCCCCAAUGCUCCCCCUCUUGGCUCCCAGUCUGGGCCCCUGUCCGAGCCCUCCGUCCCAGCCUUGCCCUGGAGCUCGCCCCAGAACUGGGCUUCUCCCUGGGAGCAGCAGAGGGCUUAUGGAGCAGCUGUGCUCACACAGGCUCUGGCGCGAGUGGCCGCCAUCCGAGUUCCCUGUCAGGGGCAGAGACAGCCCAGUGGAUCCCGAUUCAUUAAUAAUGGAUUGCCAAACUCUUCCUGCUCAGCUCACUGGCCACCUAAUUGACUUAGGAAAGGGCUGGGCGGCUUUCGCUGCGGUGCCCCGGUAGUCAGCCGGCCCCUUCAGAAGCCACCGAGGAGGCACCCGCAGCCCCCUCGGGGCCCGGGGACACCCGCCCCUCCCCUGGGCUCCGGGGCACAAGUUACAUCAUGCACGGCAGCGACUGUGACACGACACCUGGGAGUGGAUUUUCUGCCUUCCCCGGGAGGAAGUGAGACAGUGAGAGGCUCUUUCCCCCUUUGCUCUGUGCCUGUGAGAAGCUGCCCUCAGAGGUCGGCCAUCCUCGGUGAGUAAAGGACAAGACGAAAGUUUGGGAAACUGUCUGGGCACUCACGGUGAGAUCGGCAGGGGAGGAAGGCAGGGCUCCCCAGACAGCAGGAUGUGAGAGGGAGGCGAGAUGGCAUCCACGUCUCCUUGGAGAAGACACCGUGUGGCUCCCUCCUGGAGGCUCGCUCCUCUUCCUUUCUGAAAGAUCCGCCGAGGAAGGAUGCUCCUGCUCUCAGUGGCUUUUCUUCUCCUUUACCUUUGACGAGCCCUGAAUGGCCUUUCCGAUCCUUCGGCUCCCAUGAAUCGCCUGCACUCCAGCUUCUGGGGGACCAGCUGCUUGGGAUAGAGGAGGGAACAAGGAGAAGAGAAGAGAGAGAGAGACCCCAAGGAAAAAGUUGGCCACCAUGCAGGUGUCUUUUGUGUGUUCCGAGCACAGCCUGAAGGGCCGGGGUGCCGAUGACCGGCUCAGCAGGCAGAAUGCCGGCAGCCCCAGCCUGGGCACCAGGAGCAAGUUCCGGGCAGUGGCCAUGGUGGCCCGGAGCCUGGGGCAGCUGUCCGUGCACAACAUCCCUCCAUCCAGUGACCCGAACAUGAAGCAGCCCGGGAUGAAAUAUAGGAACCUGGGGAAGUCCGGGCUGCGGGUCUCCUGCCUGGGCCUCGGAACAUGGGUGACCUUUGGAGGCCAGAUCACCGAUGAGAUGGCAGAGCAGCUGAUGACCCUGGCUUAUGAUAAUGGAAUCAAUCUGUUUGAUACGGCCGAAGUCUACGCUGCUGGAAAAGCUGAAGUCGUAUUGGGAAAUAUCAUUAAGAAGAAGGGAUGGAGACGAUCUAGCCUGGUCAUCACAACCAAAAUCUUCUGGGGAGGAAAAGCAGAGACCGAGAGAGGCCUGUCCAGAAAGCACAUAAUAGAAGGUCUGAAGGCCUCUUUGGAGCGGCUGCAGUUAGAGUAUGUGGACGUGGUAUUUGCCAAUAGACCCGACCCUAAUACUCCCAUGGAAGGGGACCCAUUUAGUUCUUCCAAGUCAAGAACAUUCAUCAUAGAAGAGACUGUCCGAGCCAUGACGCACGUCAUCAACCAAGGAAUGGCCAUGUACUGGGGCACGUCCCGCUGGAGCUCCAUGGAGAUAAUGGAAGCCUAUUCAGUGGCUCGGCAGUUUAACCUGAUCCCACCAAUUUGUGAACAAGCUGAAUAUCACAUGUUCCAGAGGGAGAAGGUGGAGGUGCAGCUUCCGGAGUUGUUCCACAAGAUAGGCGUGGGUGCGAUGACCUGGUCUCCUCUGGCAUGUGGAAUUGUUUCUGGAAAGUACGACAGCGGGAUCCCACCCUACUCCAGAGCCUCGCUGAAGGGGUACCAGUGGCUGAAGGACAAGAUCCUGAGCGAGGAGGGCCGGCGGCAGCAGGCCAAGCUGAAGGAGCUCCAGGCCAUCGCCGAGCGUCUGGGCUGCACCCUCCCCCAGCUGGCCAUCGCCUGGUGUCUGAGGAACGAGGGCGUCAGCUCGGUGCUGCUCGGGGCCUCCAACGCAGACCAGCUAAUGGAGAAUAUCGGUGCCAUCCAGGUCCUUCCCAAAUUGUCAUCCUCCAUCAUCCAUGAGAUCGAUAGUAUUUUGGGCAAUAAACCCUACAGCAAAAAGGACUACCGCUCCUAAUCCCCCCUCCCGUCCCCCGGACCUGCCUGGACAGUCCCCAUCCCCCUCCCGCCUCCUGUCCGCUCGCUUAAGCUGUUCCCGAAGCAAGGUGAAGCCUGUGCUUGUACAUCCAAAAACACGCGUCAAGACGUCCUUGGGAAGAUCCUUCAGACAUUACUGUGAGACCACAUUCGCUGCUUUCCUACAAUAAAAUUUAUUUCGUGCUGGAGAAACGGCCCGCCCGGGGAAGGCUCCUCCUCCAUGGGCUCCACGCUGCGCACCCGGGUCUGCUCAGCUCCGCCGCCGCAUGAAGGAGGCCCCAGCCUAGAACUGGUUGUGGCGUCGGUCAGAGGCCGGCACGUCCACCCUGGAAGAGCCCCCUCCGUGUGUCCCCAGCUCAUCACUCACACAUAUGCAGUGGAUUUGUGGAGGGACCUUCUCCUGAGAGCCUGGAAGGCCCAGGGCUUCCGGAAUGCCCCCCCCCCUUUAUUCUCAGUUCUUUGGUUUCUCAGCAGAAGGCCAACCCAGGUUUGGAGGGUUUGCCUCCUGCCCCCAGCCCACCAUCACCCCCUCCCCCCCCCAAAGCCUCCCUCUUCUCCCGGCCUCCUGCUAAGUAAGGUUA